AUGGCAACCUUCGAGGAGCAGACGGAGUGCGUCGUGGAAGCCUUGUUCUCUGACCUCCUAGGUGGAGAUGAGAGUGAUUGCCGGAGCCUGGAGACAGACUUGGGAGAGCCCGAGCAGUCUGCGGAGGAGCUUCCAACCAAGUUUGACCCAGUCGUGAUCGCCAGCCGCCUGCGGCGGAUGGGGGACCAGUGCAACAUGGAUUUUGAAAACGUUUCCUCAGAGGCUCUUGCUGAAGUGCUCAAGGGGAAGAUGGAGAAGUUUGGGUCUGCCGUGGAGACUCUCAGCCAGAGUUGGUGUGACCAGAACCCCGAGCUGGUCUAUGAGAGAGCUUUUCUCUGUGUUUCUGUGAAAUUGCUAAUGCACGUUAUUAAGAAAGUCUCAGCUAUGGUGCAACCCAUCCAACUCAUAAAAGCGAUUAAUGGAAAUUCUCGAGUGAGAAACCACAUUGAGGCCUGCGGCGGAUGGGAGAACUUGGACAACUGA